ACACAUAUUUCAUAAAAAUGCGCUAUUAGAAUUAAUGCUGCUUAAUGCUUUGGAAAACAUCCCAACUUUUGUUAGUGACUAAAAAACUGAAACCCACCCACAACAGCAGGAAUGUCUUCUGUAUGGGAUGAUUUGGAUCUUCUCCUGGACUCCCCCUCUUCUUUGACUGUAAAUUCAACAGUACGUGGCACCAUUAAGGAGAAGCCGGGCUUUAAUCCAGGCGAGGAUGCUGCCGCUUUAAGGAAAGCUAUUGAAGGCAUUGGCACUACUGAAAAGACUCUUAUUGACAUUCUGACUCAAAGAAGCAAUGCCCAGCGCCAGCUGGUCUGUAAAGCGUAUCAGGACGCCACUGGGAGGACUCUUUGUGAUGACUUGGAAGGUGAUACACGUGGAGAUCUUGAGGGUAUUUUGGUGGCCCUGAUCACUCCUCCUGCUAAGUUUGACUGCCAAGAGUUCAUAGGGGCUAUAAAAGGUGCCGGUACAACCGAAAGCGUUUUGAUAGAACUUUUUGCAUCACGUUCGAACCAUCAAAUCAAGGCUAUGUGUGAUGCAUAUUUGGCUGAAACCGGAAGAGCUCUAAUUCACGACCUGAAAUCUGAGGUGUCCGGGGACUUUGAAAAGACCUUGCUGAUCCUCGCUGAGGGUAAGAGGGUUGAAAGUACGAACGUGGACGUGGCAAAAGCUAAAGAGGAUGCCAAGAUCUUGUACGAGGCCGGAGAGAAAAAGUGGGGAACAGACGAGAGCAAGUUUAUCGACAUCCUCUGCCACAGGAGCGUUCCUCAGCUCAGACAAACUCUGGUUGAGUAUAAGAGUCUGAGUGGAAAGACCCUUCAGGAAAGCAUUGAACGAGAGAUGUCUGGAAGACUGGAGGAUAUUCUGGUGGCUAUAGUGAAAUGUGUGAAGAGCGUCCCAGCAUACCUUGCGGAGCGUCUGUAUAAAAGCAUGAAGGGUGCUGGUACCACUGAAUCGACCUUAACUAGAAUCAUAGUGGGCCGUUCAGAGGUCGACCUGCAGGACAUCAAGGCAGAAUAUAAGAAGCUCUUUGGCACUUCUUUAUACUCUGACAUUGAGUCUGAAACAUCAGGGGAUUUUGGUCAAACCCUGCUGAAGAUCUGUGGUGAAGAUGGAAAAUGAAUGUGUCCACUGCCAAAGAAUACAUCACCGCUGAAGUGCUAUAAUGUGAAAGAAUGUCCAAAUAUAACUACAGUUAAAAUACUAUCAA